AUGGAUGUUGAAUGCAGGUGGCCAGGAAGUGUGCAUGAUGCAAAAGUUUUUGCAAAUUCCUCUAUUAAUCAGAAAUUAGUUUCUGGCCAAAUUCCAAUGAUACAACUGUCUGUUUUCCCAGGCUCAGAAAAAAUACCAAACUAUGUAAUUGGGGACCCUGCAUACCCAUUGACUCCAUUCUGCAUGAAGGAAUAUGCCACAUGUGCUUCAAAUGAAGAAGUAAUUUUUAAUACUCUUCUAAGAGCAGCUAGGAAUCCAAUAGAAUGUGCUUUUGGUCGACUGAAAGCAAGGUGGUCAGUUCUUACAAAAAAAGUUGACUUAAAGAUUGAAUCAAUUCCAGUUGUUGUAUAUGCAUGUUGUGUCUUGCACAAUUAUUGCGAAAUUAACAAAUCUUAUGUUGAUGAAGAUCUUCUUAAAUGCCAAAUGGAUUUGUAUAAAAAAAAUGAAGAUCAAAACCGACACCUUGUUGACCCAGUGUACUCAGGUGAUCGUAGUGAAGGUGGUGUGGUUCGCAAAACAAUAACAAACUACAUUCGGGAUAAUUUACCUGAUCAUCUGGUACUCUAA